AUGAACAGGACAACGACGUCAGCGGGGGGCAAGCGGAAAGCUCACGAGUCGCCUCAGACGACGCCCCCAGCCAAGCGACCCGUCAACGGCAGCAGCAAACCCGACGUCGACAUCGACAUGAGCGUGCCCGACAUCUCCAUCGACGAGGUGAGCUACGACGAGGAAUCCGAUGCCGCCAGCGACAUCCAUCCCCACGCCCACUACAUCGGCACUCCCGGCAGCCUCGGUGAGUGGCAGGACACCAUCCAAAAGGUCGUCCGCAAUGUCGUCGCGAUCCGAUUCUGCCAGACGUGCGCAUUCGACACGGAUCCUGCCUUGACGAGCGAGGCCACGGGCUUUGUCGUUGACUCGGAGAGAGGUUACAUCAUGACGAACCGUCACGUUGUCGGAUCUGGUCCCUUCUGGGGCCAUUGCGUGUUCGACAAUCACGAGGAGGUCGACUGCUACCCCGUCUAUCGCGACCCCGUUCACGACUUUGGCAUUCUUCGAUACGACCCCAAGGCGAUCAAGUACAUGCAUGUGGAUGGCCUCACCCUGAGCCCCGACCUGGCAAAAGUGGGCACCGAGAUUCGUGUCGUCGGAAACGACGCUGGCGAGAAGCUGAGUAUUCUCUCGGGUGUCAUCAGUCGCCUGGAUCGAAAUGCGCCCGAGUACGGCGAUGGAUACAGCGACUUCAACACGUGCUACUAUCAGGCCAACGCUGCCGCCAGCGGUGGAAGUUCCGGCAGUCCUGUCGUGAACAAGGAUGGUUGCGCCGUUGCGCUCCAGGCCGGCGGCCGCUCCGAUGGUGCCUCGACCGACUACUUCCUACCUCUGGAUCGACCCCUGCGCGCCCUUCAGUGCAUCCAGCAGGGCAAGCCCGUCGUCCGCGGCGAUGUUCAGUGCCAGUUCCUGCUCAAGCCCUUUGACGAGUGCCGCAGGCUUGGGCUUAGCCCGAAGUGGGAGUCUGCGAUGAGAAAGGCUUUCCCCGAGGAGACCAAUAUGCUGGUCGCUGAGAUUGUCCUGCCCUCCGGACCCUCCGACGGUAAGAUUGAGGAGGGAGAUGUUCUCAUCAAGGUCAACGGCGAGCUUAUUACGCAAUUCAUCCGCCUCGACGACAUCCUGGACUCGAACGUGGGCAACACCAUCAAGUUCCACCUGCAGCGCGGAGGCCAAGACAUCGAGGUUGACAUUGAGGUCGGCGAUCUUCACAAGAUUACGCCGGACCGAUUUGUGACUGUUGCCGGAGCAAGCUUCCACAAUAUCUCGUACCAGCAGGCCCGGCUCUACGGCGUGGCAGUCAAGGGAGUCUACAUCUGCGAGGCCGCGGGAUCUUUCCGCUUUGACAAUACCGACAAUGGGUUCAUCGUUCAGUCUGUAGACCAGAAGAAGGUGCCCGACCUGGACACGUUCAUCGAAGUGCUCAAGGGGAUUCCUGACAAGGCACGGGUGGUGGUCACUUACAAGCACUUGCGCGACCUGCACACGCUCAUCACGACCGUCAUCUACAUCGACAGACACUGGUCGGCGAAGAUGAAGCUGGCCGUCCGCAACGAUGUCACUGGCCUCUGGGACUUUUCCGACCUCGGCGACCCCCUGCCGCCGGUGCCCCCUGUUCGGCGGUCGGCUGCCUUCAUUGAGCUGGACCACAUGCCGCACCCUGGCAUUGCCGCCCUGAUCCGCAGCUUUGUGCACAUCAACUGCACUCUGCCCGUCAAGCUCGACGGCUUCCCGAAGAAUCGGCGAUGGGGGAUGGGCCUCGUCAUCGAUGCCGAUAAGGGCCUGGUUCUCAUUUCGCGAGCCGUGGUGCCGUACGACUUGUGCGAUAUUACCGUUACGAUUGCCGACUCCAUCAUCGUCGAGGGCAAGGUCGUCUUCCUGCACCCACUGCAAAACUACACCAUUAUCAAGUACGAUCCCGCCCUGGUGGACGCGCCCGUCCUCAGCGCCCGCCUUAGCGACCAACACCUCACCCAGGGCGCCAAGACGUACUUCCUGGGCUACAACAGGAUCGGAAGAGUCGUGCAUGGGUCUACCAACGUCACGGAAAUCACGGCGGUGGCCAUCCCGGCCAACUCAGGGGCGCCACGAUACCGCGCCGUCAACGUCGACGCCAUUACGAUUGACAGCAACCUCGGGGCGUCGUGUGGCAGUGGCGUGCUCGUUGCGGAGGAUGGUACAGUGCAGGCUCUUUGGCUGCAGUAUCUCGGAGAGCGUAAUCCAAGCACUCAGAGGGACGAGGAGUACCACUUGGGAUUGGGCACGCCGACUCUGCUGCCCGUCAUCUCAGCCAUUCAGCGAGGAGAGAUACCGAAGCUGCAUAUGCUCUCGGUAGAGUUCCGAUCCAUCCACAUGUCGCAGGCACGCGUCAUGGGCGUCUCGGACGAGUGGAUCAACAAGGUUACACAGGCCAACCGGUCUCACCACCAGCUGUUCAUGGUGAGCAAGCGGACAUUUGAGCGGGUGAACCAGCCGGUCUCGCUGAUCGAGGGCGACGUGGUGCUGACGCUCAACGGCAAAAUCUGCACCACCAUUUCCGACUUUGACGUGAUGUACUCCAACGAGGUGCUGGACGCCGUCAUUGUGCGCAACUGCGAGGAGCUGCAUCUCCAGCUGCCGACCGUCACGGCCGACGACAUGGAGACGCACCACGCUGUGUCGUUCUGCGGAGCCAUCUUCCACCGCCCGCAUCUGGCCGUGCGCCAGCAGAUUAGCAAGCUUCAUAGCGAAGUCUAUGUCUCGAGUAGGAUUCGCGGCUCGCCGGCGUACCAGUACGGCGUUGCCCCGACCAACUUCAUCACCCACGUCAACGGCGAGCCGACGCCAGAUCUGGAUACAUUUAUUGCGGCGACGCGGAAAAUCCCCGACAACACUUAUUUCCGCCUCAAGGCAGUCACCUUCGACUCUGUGCCCUGGGUGAUUACAAUGAAGAAGAACGAUCAUUACUUCCCCACCAUGGAAUGGAUCAAGGACAGCAACGAGCCCUGUGGUUGGCGGCGUGUCACAUACGAGGGCAACCAGGUCUUUGAAGGAGAAGCGACUGACGGAAUCCCACCGGUCGCAGGCAACUCCGAGAUGGACUAA